AUGGCGCCCAAGACUGAAGGCCCCCCGACCUUGGUCAUAGCCAUCGAUUUUGGUACUACAUACUCGGGUAUCGCUUGGAAGUUUGGCGACAGAGAGCUGGAGUCGAUCCAGACUGUCACAGACUGGACCACCGUCAGAAACUACCGUAUCGACGCCCCCAAAGCGCCCUCGGCCAUUUUCUAUGGCGAUAACGUCAACAGAGAUCUCACAUGGGGAUACAUGACACCCUUCGGAGACGGCAUCCUGCGCUGGUUCAAACUCCUGCUAGUCAACGACAGAGAUCUCCCCGAAAAUGUGCGAGAUUGCGAACAUCUAAAAAGCGCUCGAGACCUGAUGCACAAGCUCAACAAGACGCCCGUGCAAGUCUUUAGUGACUAUCUUCGAAAUCUCUGGGAGUACAGUCGUGAGCGAAUCGAGGCCGCGGAGGAGAAGGGAUGGACGAACAUCUACCGAAUCCAUUUUGUUGUCACUUUGCCUGCAAUUUGGCCUCAUUAUGUUCGGUCGCGAAUGCUCGAGGCCAUGAAGAUCGCUGGUCUGUUUGAAGUGACGCUGGAGGGAAAAACGACAUAUGGCUUUAUUUCUGAGCCCGAGGCAGCUGCCUUGACAUGCCUCCGAGAAAACAUGGGCCGAUGCACUCUCGAGGUCGGCGAUCAGUUUGUUGUCUGCGAUGCAGGCGGCGGCACUGUUGACAUUAUCACCUACAAGAUUGAGAAGCUUACCCCCUUCGUAGUCAGCGAAAGUGUCAAAGGCGAUGGCGGCCUUUGCGGUGGCAUCUUUCUCGACCAAAAGUUUCUCGGGCUGCUCAGACGAAAAUUCCCCAAAGACAUCACAAGAAUGCUUGCAAGAGAGGCUGCCCAGAGGAUUGUGAAGGAUGAUUGGGAGUCUGGUAUCAAGACUGCGAUUUGCAAAGAAAGCGACAAAUACGAGAUAAAUCUCGUCUACAAGGGACCAGUUGACCCCCAAUUCUUCCCCUCUUCGUUUGCGCUUCAGGCAGACGAGAUCCGCGAACAGGUGUACAAACCCGUGAUCGAAGAGAUCAAAGAACUGAUCAUAACUCAAAUCAGACAGGUCGAAGAAGGAUACCAGAAGCCACCCAAGUUUGUGUUCCUAGUCGGAGGCUUUGGGAGGUCCAAGUACCUGUAUCAAUGCCUCGAUGAGACCUUUGGAAAGAAAACACACAUCAUUCAAAAGAGAGGGGCUGACCCGUGGUCUGCUGUACUUCGUGGUGCAGUUCUCCAUGGACUAUCACGCACCGGACUCGCUGAUUCAAUCACUGCUGUUGUCGACUCUCGAAUCUCGAGACACAACUACGGCACUGUCUUCAACGACUGUCCAUUUGACUUUAAGAAGCAUGACAUACGAGAUCGCGAAUAUUGUCCUUACGACAAGAACUGGAUUGCAGUCGAUCAAACUGAGUGGUACAUUGGAAUUGGCGAUGCAGUAUCUACGUACAAACCAGCUUCUUUCUCUUGCUACCAGGCCCUCACAAACCCCGACCAGGGCCUCCAGAUAGAGAUUGUAAUCUCCGACUCUGCCGAGCCUCCAGCCCGAAGGGACGAGUCGGUCAAGAGGCUUUGCCUCAUCAAGGUCCCCUUGCCUUCCAAGGUAUGGGGGAAACUGCGAAAAGAGAUCAACGAAGAUGGCAAGGCCUUUCGUCGCAUCAACUAUGACCUUCGCAUGAUCAGUGACGGAUCCUCCCUUGAAUUCGCCAUCUGGUUCAAGGAACAAUGUCUCGCAUCACAAUACGUCGAGUUUGAAUCCACACAGAUGCAAAAGGAAGAAGCGACUGAUGGCGGCGGCGAGGCUGAUGCUGAGAUGAUGGAGCCCGAGGAAUCGGUUAGCGUCAUCGAAGUAGAGGAUGAUACCGACGAUGAGUACAUGGAUUGUCCAGACCGUGAAGAUGAAAGUACCGUGGGAGAUCGUUCCACCGUCCGCGGAAGGCAUGACAGCCUGGAUGAUGAUUUUCUUAGUGAAUGA